UCUGUCAGCGGCGGCAUGUUCGGUGGCUUUGCUGGCAGCAGAGGUGGAGGUGGAGGUGGAGGUCAAUCCAGUUUCGCCUACAGCAGCUACUCAGCUGGUGGCGCCGGCGGCGGUGGUGGUGGUGGUGGCGGCGCAGGCAUAUUUGCCUUCGGCGGUGGCGGUGGUGGUGCUGGCGGCGGCGGCGGCGGCGGCGGCGGCGGUGGCUUCGAUGUCACUGUCAAUGAGAAGGCCACCAUGCAGAACCUCAACCACCGUCUGGCCACCUACCUGGAGAAGGUGCGCACGCUGGAGAAGGCCAACGCCGAGCUGGAGCUGAAGAUCCGGGAGUUCCUGGAGAGCAAGACUUCGCCAUCCGCCAGAGACUACAGCCCCUACUUCGUCACCAUCGCUGAGCUGCAGGGAAAGAUUCAGGAUGCCACCAAAGUCAACGGUGGGAUCUACCUCGCCAUCGACAAUGCUAAGCUGGCUGCCGACGACUUCAGGCUGAAGUACGAGAACGAGCUGGCCAUGCGUCAGUCGGUGGAGAGCGACAUCGCCGGGCUCAGGAGGGUCCUGGACGAGCUGACGCUGGCCAGGACCGACCUGGAGAUGCAGAUCGAGGGCCUGAAGGAGGAGCUCAUCUUCCUCAAGAAGAACCACGAGGAGGAGCUGCUGGCCAUGAAGACGCAGAUGAGUGGACAGGUGAACGUGGAGGUGGACGCCUCUCCUCAGGCCGACCUCAAUGCCGUCUUGGAAGAGCUGAGGGAGUACUACGAGGGGCUGGCACAAAAGAACCGCAAGCAGUGGGAGAGCUGGUUCCAACAGAAGACAGAAGAACUGAGCAAAGAAGUGGCAGCGAGCACAGAAACCAUCCAGACCAGCAAGACGGAGCUGACGGACCUGAAGCGCACGCUGCAGGGUCUGGAGAUCGAGCUGCAGUCACAGCUCACCAUGAAAGCUGGGCUCGAAGGUUCGUUGGCUGAAACGCAGAAUCGCUAUGCCCUAAUGCUGGCAGGCUUCCAGAACCAGGUCAGCUGUCUGGAGGAGCAGCUUGUGAACCUUAAGGCCAGCAUAGAGCAACAGGGCCAGGAAUACCAAAUGCUGCUGGACAUCAAGACCCGGCUGGAGUUGGAGAUCGCCGAGUACAGGAGGCUUCUGGAGGGAGAGGGUGGCGGCAGCAUCUCCUCCUCCUCCUCCUCCAUGGUGUCCAGCUCUGGCGGUGGCUCUGGCGGUGGCUCCGGCAUUGGCUCCGGCGGUGGCUCUGGCUCCACCUCCACCACCUCCAAGAGGCAGGUCGUGAUCAUCGAGGAGGUGGUGGAUGGGAGGGUCGUGAGCUCAUCCAAAGAGACCAUCACUCAAUAAAUGCAUCGCUCAAUAAAAGUCUGCCAC